ACGUUUAUAACGGAAGUGUAUGCGUCUAUGACAACAAGAAACGCUUUAAUUAAAUCCCAAUUUAUACCUUUCACACAAAAAUAUGAUUUUACCAGAUGAGCCAAAAGCACCAGAAGUGCCAAAGAUUAUCCAGCCAAGAAAUCACAAAGCUAAAGUCAGUGUCUGGGCUGAUUUGACUGUAGAUGAUCUUGACAGAAUAAAUGAGUCCCUAAAUGCAGAUCAUAUAAAAAUGGUUCUAGCAGACAUAUUUCACCUAGAUGACCACAAAUCAAGUCUGAAGACUGGUAUAGUUAUGGAUCUGUACUACUAUACACUACAGUUUGCGAGAGAAAACAGAUUCUCUAAAGAACAGACUUCAGCUUUCUUUUCCAUUGUGAAGAAAACACAUGAAGUUUGCAUAGAGACACCAUUUGGGAAUCUAGAUGAGACAUUUUCAUACUUCAAAGAGUUGGUAUUGUGUCAUGCUGUAAAUCGACCACCCCACAGUAUAGAACUGUUUACGGCAGAUCAAGUUAGACUUAUCACAGAAUACACAGUGAAUUCGUACUUCAGACAUUUCAAAAUGUACAAAUAUGCUUUCACACCUAUGGUGAGGCUAGAUCUAUCUAUCAAUUACAUUGGUAUUCCACCCACACCUGCACCUUCAGAAGAGACAGAAAGGAAAUCUCCAGAUGGCAAACUUAGAGCAAGUCCAAUGGUAUCUGUAGACGAGACUCCUCGGCAAUUAACUGCUGAUGAUGAUAUCUGGGAUCUUGCUGACGAGGGUGAAGGAGAACCGGCUGUAGACGAGACUACAGCUGAGGGCGAGGGAGAACAAGCAGAGACUGAGAAAACACCAGAACCAGAGGAAUCAGCUGCCAGGAAGGAACUUCGGGGAAUGAUCCAAACAUAUUUAUCCGAGGAGAUUAAAAAGAUGAAAGUGUCUAUGGAUGAUCAAUUAAAAACAACAGAAGAAUUAUUAAGCAAAAAGUUAGAUGUUGCUGAAGGUGGAGGAGCUAAAAAAGGUGGCAGAAAUUCAGCAAAAGGAACCAAGAAGAAAUAAUUGCCACUUUCAUAACAAACUUUUUUUCCCCUGUUAUUGUGAUAUUGUGUAUAUAUCUGUAAAGAAUAUUAACAUUUUUGAAAUAUUGUUUUAAUGAAAGUGAAUAAAUUAAAGAAACAUAA